UUUAGAAUGUUUGGAGGAAAAAUACAUAAAGGUUGAUACGCGUUGUCCCGACACAAGAAAACGGGACUGAAGGUUGCUUUCUUGAAGAAACAGUGAAAACACUCCUAGUGGCGGCGCGCCGCUGGAAUAUAGUGUUGCGGUUUUUCUUGUGCGGAAAUGUGAACAUUUUCGGAGUACAAGGGGAAAAUUAAAGGUGAUUAGCGUGUGCCGUUGGUCGACGGUGAAAGGGGUCAGAAGGCCUGCCAGUCGCGACAUGGCGGGUUUUCGAGAAGAGGAUAAAGCACUCUUCCCAAUUCAGAGCAUAUCUUCUAUCGUUCAGAUCUUCCAAAAUCAGCUGGAAAAUAGCUCUGAGCCAGACCUCGCGCUACUUUCAAUCCUCGUCGGUGCUGUUGAGAAUUCCCUAACCUGUAACCGGACAUUUACGUCGCAGGAGAACGCUGUUUACGACGAGCCUAAAUUGCCGGCUGUCGAGUAUCAUAUAGCUGAAGCGUUAUAUACAAAGUUUCAUGCUGUUAUUAAAGGAGCUGUCGAUUUAACAGUUUACGACACCAAAUAUGCUACGAGAGAGCUUAUCAAGAAAGUCUCAGACGUAAUAUGGAACUCCCUAACGAGAAGCUACUAUAAGGAUCGGGCUCAUCUACAGAGUCUUUACAGUUAUCUUACUGCUAACAAAUUAGAUUGUUUUGGAGUGGCUUAUGCAGUAGUUGCUGGAUGUCAGGUGUUAGGAUUUAAAGAUGUUCAUCUUGCCAUGUCAGAGGACCAUGCAUGGGUUGUAUAUGGAGAGCAUGGUUCUGAAACUGCAGAGGUUACAUGGCACGGGAAGGGAAACGAGGAUAAACGUGGGCAACCCGUUGAACCUGGUGUAGCUUCUCGAUCGUGGUUGUAUGUAAAUGGUCAGGCAGUUGUAUGUUCUCGUGCUAUGGAAGUUGCCACAAUAGUAUCUGCUAUAAAUCCUAGUCUGAGUGCGACAGCUGAUGCAGCAGAAGUAGCAUUACUUCAACAAGAAUUAUUAUGGUUACUCUAUGAUUUGGGUCAUCUUGCCAAAUAUCCUAUGGCGCUUGGCAAUUUGGGUGAUUUAGAAGAGGCAGCACCAACGCCAGGAAGACCUCCAGCAAUAGAUUUAUUUCAGGAAGCCGUAAGAUGUGCCAGAAAGUAUUAUGGUAAUGCACACGUUUAUCCAUAUACUUAUCAAGGUGGAUAUCUCUACAGACAUGGAUUACAUGCUAAUGCUCUAGCGUCUUGGUCAGAUGCUGCAGACGUAUUGAGAAAAUACGAUUAUUCGCGGGACGACGGAGAAAUAUAUAAGGAAUUAUUGGAAAUCGCCAACGAAUUAAUACCUCACACGGUAAGGGCCGACGAGCGACUGUUACGACAGCCACGAUGUUUCGUCUACCUUCUAAGAUUUUACGACGGUAUUUGUCAAUGGGAGGAAGGGGCGAAUACUCCUGUCUUGCACAUAGGUUGGGCACGACCAUUAGUGAAUACCAUUUCUAAAUUCGAUGCUUCGAUUCGUGCUCAGGUUAUCAUCGAGUGUUACGAUAUGGAAACGAAGCAAGAGGAAGAGAAGAUGCAAAAGAGAGAAACCAGUCCUGAUGAGUCUCUUAACAAUAAUAAUAAUAAUUAUUGUAAAACGAAGGAGAGGGGUAGUGCUGCACGCGAUUUAAUCAAAAGUUUAGAGUCUAAAGUACCGGCUAAUCCAGCACCGAUGCAUCCCAGUAUUCAAGCAUUAACCGCUGCUUGCAGUGAAAAAAUCCUCAAUAGAGAUUAUUUACUGCAAGGUGGUGGAGAACCUUUCGUCGCACCUCCUGAGGACGCCUUACCUCCAGCACCAUCAACAUCUCAGGAGAGUCUAGAUCCCGAGGAGGAGAUAGAUUCGGAAAACGAGAGGCCAAGAAUAACGUUGUACAGUCAGAAAAUGAAGGGUCUCAAGGAUCUCCUGUUAGCUGAGAAAUUAAACACACAUGCUAUUUCGUUGCAAUUAACCGCACAAAGUCAGGUACAAAUAGAUGAAUUAAUAUUAUUCGCUGACAAAACUCGAGGAAAGGAAGGAUAAGAAGAAAGAGUGUUCUUGGUAAUACGCGCAGGAAGGAUGGAUUAUUAAUGAAUAUGAUAAAAUAGGAAAAGAAAGAAGAAAUAAGAGAUCUUCGAUCAUCGUCUUCUCGCUCUCUCAAAAGAAAAGAGAACAGAAAAAAUAUUCACGGACUAAUAAUUCAUUUUCCUGUAGUGCUUUUUGAUUUUCGAUUCUCGUUUGGAGAAAAUAUUAACAAAGCCUUUCGAAAAUGUGUUAUCUACAAUUAAGGAAAACAAAAUAAUUAUUAACCACACACAAAAAAAAAAGAAACACACUAUUUACAUACACAACACUAUAAAACACCCUAGUUUAAUAUAUAUUUUUUUCUCUCCCACUCCUGUCCUCCCUCUCCUCUUUAUAUUCUUCACGUAUAAAUUUACUAUCUUAUUCCGUAUGUAUUGCAAUGUUACUAUAUGAACAAGAGAAACAAUUUUCCAAUGUAAACCUUUUUCUAAUCUUUAUCCAUCUUUAUCCUAUAUUGUUUAAACAAUAUACACUCAUGAUGCUAUCUUGCCUUUAAGUUUUAUCAUGACUUUGAGUCAUAGUUCGUAAGAGUAAGUUUUGCCAUGUGCGCUAAAAAAAAUAAUUCAAUACUUAAAAAGAGACAAGUCCGAAAAAUAAUUACUCUCCAUCUAUACUCCGUAG